UACCAUCACAUACGGCACCACUCCGUCAAUGUGUUUAUGCUUUACCGUGCUACUCUGGUCGGCCAUUUUAUUCGACAAUCGACCCUCUGCCCGUCCGUACUCUCUUCGACUCACAUUGUCUCUUAAGUCAUAGUUUCAUAUUUUUUCGUUUGCAUUCGCUCUACUCGUCCGAGUAGGUCGCUUAAGCUCCAACAAACUCAUCUUCGCAAGUCUUACACGGUUAGCCAGCCCCGCAGCGUCGUUCGAUUGUUUCAAUUCAACGCAGUACUGUGUAGCGAACGCACCAUGGCGCAAAUCAAAGACGAGAAGAUCAAUGACACGUCGUUGAACGGCCCUAACGCACACCACGGUCCCAGCCCCAAUCAUAAGCCGAAAGAAGAGUUCCAUGGCGGUGGCCGCGGCGGAAGAGGCAACCGCUUCCAACCGUACGGCGGACCCAACAGAGACCGCAAAGGUGGUCCUCCGAGAGACAACAAUAUGCCAAGAGGAGAGUUUCGCAAUGAUAAUAAUCAUGGUGAUAACCAUCAAGGAGAUAAUGAUAUCAUGAAUCGAGGCAAUCGCAAUCAUUCUGAAAGUGGAAGAGGAGGAAGACGUGGUGGUGGUGUUGGUGCAGGAGUUUUCAGAGGUGGUCCACCUAAUCGAGGAGAUGAUCGUUUAACUAGAGCUGAUGCUUUAUGGAAUGAACGUUUAAUGCAAAUAAUGGGUCCAACUCAUGAACUUCCUCCAACUGAUACCACUGAAAGAAAGUUCCUUAGCCAAUGUCGUCUUUACAUAGGCAACUUGGUAGAUUGUACUGAAGAAGAAUUGAUAGAAAUGUUUAAACCUUAUGGAGAAGUUUCUGAAAAUUUUUUGAACAAAGAAAAAAUGUUUGCCUUUAUCAGAUUGGAUUAUCGUACUAAUGCGGAAAAAGCCAAAAGAGAAUUAGAUGGUCAGACACGUAAAGGACGUAUGUUAAAAAUAAGGUUUGCUCCCAUUGCUGCUGCCAUCAAAGUAAAAAACCUUACUCCAUUUGUAUCCAAUGAACUCCUAGAAUAUGCUUUUUCAAUAUUUGGUGAUAUUGAACGUUGUCAAGUGAUGGUAGAUGAAAGAGGUAAUUCAACUGGUGAAGGAAUCAUUGAAUUCUCACGUAAAAAUGCAGCAAGUAAUGCUCUGAAACGUUGUUCAGAUGGUUGUUUCUUUUUGACCAGUUCACUUCGCCCUUGUGUAGUUGAAACAUAUGAGUUUGUAGAUAGUUCAGAUGGUCUCCCAGAUAAGUUAUUGCCCAAAAAAACUAUGGAUUUCCAGAAACAAAGAGAUGUUGGGCCAAGAUUUGCCAAUCCAAAUUCUUUUGAACAUGAAUUUGGUACUCGUUGGAAACAGUUAGCUGAAUUGUAUAAAUCUAAGGAAGAUGCAUUAAAACGUGAGAUGAAAUUGGAAGAAGAAAAAUUAGAGGCCCAAAUGGAAUAUGCUCGUUAUGAACACGAGACUGAAAUGCUCCGAGAACAAUUGCGUCAACGAGAAAUGGAUAGAGAACGACAAAAAAUGGAAUGGGAAAUGAAGGAACGUCAAGCAGAGGAUCAAAGACUUAGGGAAGGAGAUAUUUUCAGGAGACAAAGCGAAGAUUUAAGCAUGAGAAUGCAUCAUCAAGAUGAAGAGAUGAGGAGGCGUCAACAAGAUAAUUCAUCAUUCAUGCAGGACCAUAGAGGAGGACCGGGUAAACCCCAAUUUGAUGGACCUCCUAUUCCUGUUGAAGGUAUGUCUGUUCGUGAACUGGAAGCUAUAACUGCACAAGGAGGAAUGGGUGGGGAAAGCCAAGUGGCAAAUCAGGAAUCGACGCCGUUCGUGGAAACUUUUGUACGUGACAAUCAAGGAGUAUUGCCGCCACCAGGCCUUUUCGACGCUGGCCCUAGAGGAGACAGGGGCGGAAGGUGGGGUCAAGACAGACGUAACGGCCAGGAUCGUAGAAGAUUUUAAUCUUUCAAAAAGAUCCUAAGAAUAAACAGAUUAUAGAACAAAAAAAUUGAAGAUGAAUAGUUAAUCUCUUCAUUUAAAGCUGAAAUGAUAACCAACUCAUCAUUGAAAUAUCACAUAACCGCUUAUGAUUCUCAAGAUAGGAUGAUAAAACUAAUUUUGGUACCUAUUUUAUGAAUUAUUUAGGUAUAAUCUCGUUUUUAGUCAACUUAUUUUUUACAUCAAUGCAAAUCAUACAAUUUCUUAUUUGCUACUACAGUUUUUAACCUAAAAAUAGACCACUUUUGAUCCUGAUUCAUAUUGCAUUUCUUUUUUAAUUUCUUGAUUUUUUUUAUACUUCUUUUGCUGAUUAGCUGAAUAACUAUAUAAACAGCAGUAUUUCGAUUAUCUACUAUAACAAUGCUAGUAAUUUUUAUGUAAUUUUAUGUUUUAAGUGGUUUUAUAUUAUUAUUAUUGACAUUACGUUAGUCAAUGGUCUCAAAAAGUAUUUAUUUUUUACCUACUGGUAAAGUUAUCUUCUUGAGUUCGGAAAUUAUUAUUUAUAACAUAAUAAAUAUUAUUAAUUGUUCUUAAUAUAAUGUACUAACAUUAUAGGUAACUUCGCAAUAGGCAAUCUUAAUGUCAUCUCAAAAAUUAUAAUUUAUGGAUAACCAUAUAAAUGAUUUACAUGUUGACAUUAAUGUAGUGGUGUGAUAAUUGAGAAUCCAAUAUUCUUUGAAUUUAUUUGUAGUAAUUAAUUUAACGCGUUUUUGGAAUAGAGUGUACACAAAUACUUAUUUGCUCUUAAAAUGUUUAAUUGUAUGAUUAUAAUAACAUUUUGGCAUAGACUAAUGGUCUACAUUAUUUAAUAGUUCUUAAUUAGGUAGAUUUUACUGUUGUAUUUUUGAAUAAAAUACUUUUAAAUAGUUGUAAUACAAACUAAUUGAUUAUCGGUUAUAAGUAAACGUUGAAAUUAAUGAUUAUCGCUAUUUUUAAGGAAGACUACGAUGGGUAGAAAUAUGUCGUAUCGCGAGUGAAACUUUGUAAUUUUUGUAUUAAAUAUAUUUAAUUACUUAUUGAAUUAAACAACGAUAAAAUAUGAAGAUUGAUCUAUGCAACAGAUAAAUUAAAUAAACUAAAUAUACUUAACUGUAAGUUUAAUAGUUAUAAUAAACUGUUCGUUAAAUUAAUUUUUUCGUGUGUGUGUGUGUGAUUGUGUGUAGAUCAAUUUCAAUAUAAUCAUAUAAUCAUAAGUAAAUUUAGGUGCACGAAAUAGUUUAUUUAUUAAAUAUAAUUAUACAUAUAUUUUCCUAAUUAUACUUCUUACUAGAAUUAUGACUUGGUGUUUGAUAUUUUAAUCUAAGAAAAAUAAUGUUCAAAUAAGAAGUGACCUCAUUUGUUCAAACUGGAGUCAACUGACUUAUUUAAGUAAAAAAAAAAACUAAUGUUAACCUCUUAAAAUUAAAAUAUAAAUAUAAAUUCUUAUCUUAAUGAAAUGUACCUUAUUUUUUUCUACCAACUUCAGUAUUUUUUUCUCAGGUUCAAACUAAUUAACGACCAUUUUUUUUUUUCAAUUUUAUAAUAAUGAAAUGUAAUACAUUUGAAUAAAAUUGUUAUGCAAUUACUUAAUAAGUAAUAUGAUGUAUGAAAUGUAAUAUUCAUACUCUUCAGACUUAACAUUUCGAUAGCGAACAAAUUUUUGGAAUCAUAUUAUUGUUUGUAGCAAAUAGUUAAUAUUGUAUUUGGUUCAGUGAUAAAGUCUGAUUUUCUACAUCAAUAUAUUUUACAUGAGAUUAUUAUUUUUAUACAACAUAAUUGUGGCGGCUCUUAGGUAAAAUAUUUAGUGGUGCACACAGUGAUGUUUAAAGUAGAUGGUAUGCAAUUAUUGCAAAAGUUUUUUAAAAAAAAGGUUACCAAAAUUCAAAAAAAAUUUGAAAAAGAAAAUAAUGUCAAUACGGCGAUAUUGUUAAAGAUAAGCAACUAGGUUCCUUUUACUUGUUAACCCCCACCACUCAAUGGCCAAACGUAUUUUAUACGGACUGACGGUGUUCUGACUGACUUGUAUACUUUGAUGUGUAUUUAUUGCAUAUCUCUACUACAUUUUAGGAGUAUAAUAAUUGUUUAAGCAAAUAUUAAAUGUUUUUUAAAAUUGAAUUUUGUAUUAUAGAAUAAAUCGAGUUUUAACAGCUGAUAUUGAAUUAAAAUUAAAAUAUAUUUUUACUAUUAUAUCUAUUUUUAUAAUCUAUAUGGUGUGAGCACACCUGCACACCUAGGCAUGAGCCGCCACUGCUACAUAAUAAUACCAUAGUUUUUUAAAUAAUCUUUUAGAAUUAAUUCUUGUGCCAAUGUUUCAAUUGGAAAAUUUCAAAAAUGAAUACGAUUUAAAUAUAAUUGUAAUCAUGAUUAUAACUCAUAUCAAACUAACUGGUGGUUUGUGUCUCCGAUAAACAAUCCGAGUGUGAUUUAUUAGAAUCAUCAAAAUUGCAAGUUUUUCCAAUAAUUCAAAAAAAUUAUAACAAGUAACGACAAGGGUUAUGCAGUGGCACCCUUACAUAUUACUUUGUAUUUUUUCGCUUCCAUGUAUUUUGAUUUAAUUCACACAAAUAAUUGUUUCCUGGUGUAGAACACUGGUAAGCAGAGUCACUAACUGCCAGUUUUUUGACAUCGACAUUAGUGAUGGCCAUCACUAUUUAUGAAUUUUCUGUUGCAUUAUAUCAAAUAUAUUGUGAUAUUAAAAUUAUAAUAUUCCUACUUGAAACAAAAUUAAACCUGUGGCUCCCACAAGAUACUCAUUUGAGUUCUGGCUACUUGACAUUAAUAGUAUAAUAGUAAAUAUACUGUUUAUUCUAAUGAACUGCUUACCAUAUUAUAUGAUCUAAUGAUUCAAUAAUUUAGUUUUCAAAACUUUUAUUUAUAAAUAACUAUUUAAUGAUUAUUAUACCUUUAUAAACCAUAAAAAAACAAAUUCAUUAAGAAAUAAAAUAAAAUAAGUUAAAUAUUCUAUUAAAAGUUCAUCCAAUGUUGUGUGACCAUAAUUUCCCUGUCCAAAAUAGGGACUUUCUAUUAUUUUUUUUAUGAAUUACUGAUACCUAUUGGAUAAAAUUAUAUAAUGCAAAAGUUAAUAUACUCUUGUCAUAUUUAUUUAUUUUAAAUAUAAUUAAUAUUAUUUUAACUUUUAGUUAUUAACAAUAAGAGUAAAUAUGAAUUGUAAAUCAAUAAUUAUGAAUAACCAAAAUUAUAAAAUAAAAUCACGAUGUAUGUGGGUGGGUUAAGUAAUAAUUACAAUCAUAUUAUUUUUGCUACCACGAUAAUUAAUAAUUGAAAAAUUAUGGUGUUCAAUGGUAUAAAUUGUGUAACUAAUAUCACAAUUUAAAGAACUUCUUAACAUAGUGAUUAAAACCAUAGACAAUAGAUACAAAUAUUUAUUUAUAUUUUUAAUUUGUGUACAAAAGCUCUACUAUUCAUGCAGAUCUUUAAAAUAUGACAAAUCCCCACACAAUAUAUCUGGCCACACAAUGGGAUGAUUCUUUAACCUAUCCAUUCACAACAGCAAUGUAUAAAUAAUAACAUGAAAUUAUAUAUUGCAGAUUGUGAAAAUAAAAAUACAAAGUUAUGUAAAAUUUAAUUAUAUAUUCUAUAAAGUGCAUAGCGGGAAUUAGAUUAUAUUUUAGGGGAAGGGUGCUAAAACCUACAUAAAAUAAGAUUAUUAUUAAUUAUUAAUUUUAUUUUUUGUGGACUAAGUUAACCCAUCACUAAUUGUCUGUCUAAGAUUAAUAGUUAUAUAUAGAUAAAUAUAUUCAUAUACCAAAUUUGAAUUUUCAUAAAAAUUGGUUUAAAUCAGACAAAAACAUGUACCAAUAAAAUAGUGCAACCAAUGCAAUAGAACAAUACAAUCUAAAUUAUAAUCAACUAUAACAGAUGUAUUCAAACUGCAUCGUUACUCCUAGGGCCGUCGCAAGUAUUUGUCAUAGGAGCUGUAACACAGAAUAGAAAGAAAAAAAACAAUGAUGAAGCUUAAUAAUGUAUUGUUAUAUUGUAAACGUAAAACAUUUAAUUUUAGUUCUCUAAGCAUAAUAAUUAUUAAAUUUUUUGCUUUGAUAUUAAACAUUAAAACAUUUUCUUUCUGUGUCCUUAAUAAUGUGAGAGCCACCAAAAUGUUGUGAAGAGAUGAAGGAACCGUGGAAUGAAAAAGUUUGAAUACCUCUGAUCUAUAUUAAUUAUAUUUUCUAGUAGUUAAAAAAUUAAUCAGUUUCCCCGAUAGUGGUGUCAUUUGAGGUGGAGAAAGGUGGGCAAUUUAUGGGCUAGUUUUGGGCCUUCAUAUAGUAGUUUUUAGGUAAUAUAUUUAGGUAUCCCUUUUUACGUAUGUAUCAAUUAUUUAGUCAUUGUUAUCUAUCAAAAAAAAUGUGUUAUUAAUGCCUAUGAUAGUAACUUAUGAUACUAACUAGUAAGUAUAAAAUUAUGUAAGAAGGCUAUUUGUAUUGAGAUAUUAAUGCAAUUGUAAUGUAAUUGUUAACGAGGGGUUUUUUUUAGUUUUAUUAUGGACUGGUCAAACAUUUUGCCCUCUUUUAAAAAACUGAAAUGAUGCCACUGUCUGCCGCCACAAAAAAAUCCUAAAAGUUUUAAAUAAAUAUAAAAUUGUAGGUCAUUACCAGUAACCAGACAUGUCUAUGAUAAUAAUAUAUGAAAAGAGUUAUUCUUUUGUUAAUGUUCAAUAAUUUCAUGCUAAUCUUAAAUCUUUUCCUUUAAAAUUAAUUAAAUUUCUACAGUAAAAUCCAAAUUUAUCUUUCAUCUAGUUUUUACUAUUUGCAUCUCCUACAUAUAGAAUUUGGAACAUACAAAAACAGAGGCCAUUCGAAUUGACCAUCGAGAGCAACAGCGUUUGGUAUUUAUAUAGCACUAUUAAAAAUGACGAAGAAUUAAAAUUCUUCGUUAGUUUGAUCUGAAGGUAUGUCUAUGAAAAUUUUUGUGAUACAUACGUUUAUAAUUUUAACGAAAGUGAGCUAUUAUUACCUGACAAUCUUCAUAUUAUUUCACUGACAUUAUAUAAUCAAAUCAGAAUAUGAGACAGUUCUAUCUAAACUGUAUUGAUUUUAUUAACAUUAAGGUAUUGUUAUAUUGUGUAUAUCACAGAUUUGUAUGUUGUAAUGUUGUUAAAUAAUAAUACAUUGAAGAUUGCCUGGUUUUAUACUUAAUAUUAUUUUAAUAUUCUAUGUAUUUUCAUAAUUUUUCAGCAUUUUCAAUAUGUCAACGUUGUGGUUUAUAACUUGAUGUAGGGAGUUCAAUUGAAUAAUUGAAUCAAAACAAAACAAUAUGAAUGAAAUAUUAUUAAUAAUAACUUUUGUGUGGUAUUGUAUUGAUGAAGUUGGCCCUUUGAGUGUAUUUAAUGGUAUAAGUCGUACGAGCCACACGUGAGAAGAAAAUUUAUUUAAUCAAAAAGGGCCUGUUUCAAUGAAAUAUACUGCUACUAUAUUUUGUAUUUAUGAUUUUAAAUUUGUUAAAUCACUGAACUUUCUUGUGGAUUUUGUCUUUUUUUUAAACUUUUAUAAAUGUAUUGAAAGCAACAGUAUUAUUUAUAGGCUAAUAAAUCAUUAUAAUAAUUCCAUUGACACUGAUGAAUUUAUUAACUUCUCAAACUUAAUAUAAUUUAAAAAUAAAUAAGGUUCAGUUUAAAUAAUAAAAAAAAUCAACCUGAAAGUGUUAAAUAAUGCUAUUUUUGAAUUUUUAAUAUGAUUACUAAUCAACUCAAAUUUUUAGUAUAAUUCUCUUUGUAUUAUCUAAAAUAGCCUUGUAGAUUAUCUUUUUUCUUUUAAUCCUGAUUUAAAUUAUUAUUGUUUAUUAUAUUUUAUUUUACUUAAACCAAUUAAUUUAAAUCUAGAUUUACAGAAAAGUAAUUUAAAAAAAAUCUUAUUAUGUUUAUAAAUUAAAAUUAAUUUUAUAUUAAACGUUUUAUUUUUCGUAUAGAUAGAAUAACAAAUUUUUAGAAGUUUAAAAUAAAAAUUAUAUUAUCGUAACAUUUCAAGUUUAAUUUAGGUAUAUAUUUUUGUAAUAUUUAUUAUGGGGUCCCAACUGUUUUGGAAUAUAUUAUAUAUUUUUAAUGUUUAUAAACAAUAGGAUCUAAACUAUUUAACUCCUGUUAUUAAACAUUUCUAUAUAUUUAUACUUUAUAGAACAAGAAUUUUCAAAUAAAUAAUCGUUACACGUAUUUUGGUAAUAAUAUGACAUUCGAAAAUUUCUCAGCUCUAUGUAAAUAAGUAACAAAAUUUCAGAUUUAGACUUGUAGGGCGUCGAAAACUCGUGUGGAAAAAUAUCGUUGUUUGAUGUUUUUUGGGCCAGCAAAAAAGGCGUACCCCAAUUUAAAAAAAACCAUUAUACAAACUUAGUAACAUCUGCUGAUGAAAUAUAUUAAAAAUGUUGGUCUCACUUAAAAAACCCGUCAUGAAUCUAAUGAAAUAACUUAAAAACGAGUGUUUUGAAUAUCAUGACAAGUACCAGUAAUGUAUGUUCUCCACGCGUUAUUGGACGUAUUAAAUAUUAUUUAUUUAUAAUUAACAUAUUGUUAUAAAUUAAAUCAUACCGUAACGUUUUAUUUAUGUAAAUUAUUUUAAACUGAGUUAUAUUAUAUAAUAUAUUAUUGAAUAUUUGAAUCUACAAUAGUUUAUUAAUUAUUAAGUUAUAACGUCCGGAUGGCAAAUGUAUGCAAAUGCAUACUUUAUUAUACCUAAUUUGAAAAUUCUGAUUAUAUAGACCUAUGUUUCGUAAUUUUACAUAUUCAAAUUUUAACAUUUAUUUUGACAUUCUUUUGCUAUUUAAAGAAAAAAACUACCAAUACAUAUUUCUGCAUAUAUCUUUAAAAAAACUGGUUAAAAAUAUAAAUAAGUUAUAUUAGAAGGUCAUGAACCGCGAUAUUCUGUAACAACCGCUGAAGUUUUCAAUUAGAAAAUUUACCGAUUCAUUUAUAAAUAUUUUCUUCAAAAUAAUCAAUUAAUCGUAAACAAUAUGCCUACGAUGGCAACUAUUGAUUUUUUAAUGAAUAAAUAAAUGUUGAUUUUUUUACAGAUAAUUUUUCAAAUUCAUAAAUGUUGUAUUCAGUAUAACUAAUAUAAAAUUGUACAGUUUUUGACCAAACACAUUUAUCAUUGCUAUCCAAACGGGUUAAGAUCUUGGUUUUAUAUAGCAACUGUGGGUGGUCCAAAUUUGUAAGAUUGCUUUCGUUGAACUAUCCGUUUUUAUGACAAUCUAAUAUAUGAUUAUUUUUCAGCUGUACGCCGUAAUUUGGGCGUGAAAAAAAUCUUUCUCAGUUUUUAAAUAAUCGUCUAAUCUUGGUUACAAUAUUGGCGUGUGCACACCUACAUCACGCGCCGUAUUAUUAUUUUAUUACAUAGUUGUUUUUAUCAAAUCCAAUGGAUCAGACAAAUUAAUAAAUAUAUAGCCAGCGACGUUGUUUCACGUGUUGUAAAAUGACGUUGGAUGUGUUGUGGUAAGUCUAAAGAAAAAAAUUAUUCGUUGCAGAGUGAUUGAGUGAUGAUCAUCCACUUAUUAGCGUCGAGCUCGGUGUCGGCUAAGAAGGUGCGAGAAGAACUAUAUUAUGUAAUAUUAUAUGUACAUAUAAUGUAUAUUAUAUAAUACAUUAUUACCAGUAAUGUAAAGUAUUCGAAUUCAAUAUUUUAACAUUUUUUUUCGAGUACAUAUAAUAAAGGAGUAUUAAAAAUAUGUAUAUAAUCUGAAUGAUUGCAUUUUUUAUUCGUACGAAAAAUACAUAGUAUCUUGUCACAAAUAUUAUAAUUACUAU